CAACAAUACAAUUCGUUAACAAGUUGGGUAUUUGCAUUUCUUCUCUUUAAUAACUUCUCACGCUUUACCCAUUCAUUCAUUCAUUCAUUCUCUCUGCAAAUUCCCAAUUUCUUCUUCCAUUCAUGGAUUCCUCCGCUGCCAUUCGAUCUUCUCACUGCUUUAUGUCCCAUAUGCAAUCCUCACUUCAGAAACCAGGUUUAAUUCCCGUCCGAAAAGUUGGAUGGAACUUUCAAAGUAGACCUUUCAUCCAAAACUUGGCAAUUAGUGAUAAACACAACAAAUGGAAUCGAACACUAGUGUCAUGCACAAAAACAACAGAAGCUAUUGACACUUCCAAGACUCAGGCUUCUUCGGAUGGCUCUACAAAAGAUUCUCUGGAGAAAAAACCUUUGCAAACAGCUGCAUUUCCCAAUGGAUUUGAGGCUUUAAUAUUAGAUGUAUGCGAUGAGACUCAAAUUGCAGAACUGAAACUAAAGGUUGGGGACUUUGAGAUGCAUAUGAAGCGAAACAUGGGAGUAGCAACAGCUCCUAUGUUCAACAAUGCACCAACUACACCACCGCCUGUUCCAACUAAACCUGUGGUUGAGUCUGCGCCUUCAACCCCAUCAUCAUCAUCGUCAAAAUCAUCUUCAGGAAAGACCAAUCCAUUUGUAAAUGACUCCGAUGAUCUGUCAUCAAAGCUGGCUGUGUUGGAGGCUUCAGGUGCUAAAAAUUAUGUCUUGGUUGCAGCUCCUACGGUUGGUUCGUUUCGAAGAGGUAGAACUGUGAAGGGGAAGAAGCAACCUCCUAACUGUAAAGAGGGUGAUAUAAUCAAAGAUGGGCAAGUUAUAGGGUAUUUGGAUCAGUUUGGCACUCCACUUCCCGUUAAGUCAGGUGUGGCUGGAGAAGUGUUGAAGCUAUUCUUUCAGGAUGGAGAGGCCGUUGGCUAUGGAGACCCUAUUAUUGCUGUCUUACCAUCAUUCAACAAUAUCAAGUGAGCCAGCCUUUCCUACUGUUGAUGAUUAGUUAUGCGCCGUUAAUUUGUUUGGGAGCUGAGAUGUGAAUUCAAUUUACAGUCCAGUUAUUUUUUGUAUUCUGUAGCAAAUAGCAUAUCGGCAAAUUUUUUUAACUACAGAUUCAGAAAUAUUGAUCUUUGCAAUAAUAUUGAGCUUAAUCGGCAUUUGAACACGAUGGCCAUAUUUGAUAUACUAGUUGCACGUGCUUUAUAUUGUAUUAACUA